AUGACAACAUCGUACUAUGUGUUAUAUGAUUUUUGUAAUAUGGCUCGACUAUAUCCUCAGAAAGUAGCAGUAGUGCUUGACGAUCAAGUAUGGACUUAUAGCGAAUUGAUUAUGCAAGUAGAACGUGUCGUAUAUCAAUUACAUCACUUAGGCAUAGUUCAAGGUCAAAUAAUCUAUCAAUUCGUUGAACGAAGUUUUGAGAUGAUAUGUGGCUUUUUUGGCAUAAUGUAUAUAGGUGGAGUGUAUUGUCCACUAAAUCAAACACUGCCGCCUGUUCGUCUUAAUAUAAUUCUCGAACAAAUGCAAGGUCAAUGUGUUUUAGUACAUGAAAAAACACUUGAUCAAUUUCCAAUAGCAACUGUUCAGCAUGUUAUUAUGUUAGAUAAUAUUCUUUCUCCAUCACUGGAUAUCGAAGUGAUGAGUGAUCUUCCAAUUUCUAGGGAGUAUGGUGCUGCAUUUAUCGUUUUUACUUCUGGUACUACUGGACCACCAAAACCAGUUGUUCAUACAUAUAGAAGUUUUUCGGCAAGUAUUGCUUCUUAUAUUCGAUGGAAUGUCGGUGUGUAUACAGCUCGCGAUCAUGUGCUUCAGGUUGCUACAAGUUCAUGGAUUUUACAUAUUACGGAAAUCUCAUUGCCAUUAGUCGUUGGUGGUACUCUUGUGCUUCUGCGACAAGGUGGUCAUUUAGAUGUGGCCUAUUUUUCUCAAACUCUAAUGCAUCAACAAAUAACGACGCUACUAAUAGGUCCUGCAAUAAUUCGAGCUCUCACUAAUUAUAUUGAAAAUAGCCAGCAAACGAAAACAUUCGAUACUGUGCGUCAUCUGUGUACGGGAGGCGAAGCAAUGAAGCCACAACAGUGGACUCAAUUUGUUAAUUUGUUAAGCUCUUCUAAUGUUCAGCUUUGUGUUCUAUAUGGUAAUUCUGAAAGUAUUGUAGCUCUUGGAUGUCAAUUGGUAAAUAUCAAAGAUACAAAUAUUCCUAUUGGUUAUCCGUUGCCAAACAUUCAAUGUCUGCUAAUCGAUGAUGAUGGCAAGAUUAUUAAUACUACAGAUAAUUCGAAUAAAAUUGGUCAAAUUCAUAUAGGAGGACCCACUUUAUUUGCCGGCUAUUUAAAUGAUCCUGUACAUACCAAGAAGAAGUUUACAACCAUAAAUAAUCAAGUUUAUUUUAAAACAGGUGAUUUGGCACGAUACAAUGCACAGGGAAAACUUUUUUAUGUUGGACGUACUGAUUUUCAAAUUAAAAUACGUGGUCAACGAGUCGAAACAACUGAAAUUGAAAAUUCAAUUACGAAUUCGUAUCCUGGCAAGAUUUCCGACUGUGUUGUUACUAAAUUGGCACAAAAUGAUGAUCUACUUGUUGCUUAUGUGGUCUCAAAAGAUUCCGAGCUCGACACUGAACAAAUUCGAAAUUACUGCAAUAAAUAUCUUCAUCAAUACAUGACACCAUCCAUCUUUGUCUUCUUGAAGCAGUUGCCUUUGAAUGCGAAUGGGAAACUCGAUCGCCAGCGUCUUCCAAUACCUGAUAUCUCGGUUCUGUCGACCAAUGGUAUUGAUCAUCAAUAUAUAGAACCAAAAAACGAAUUGGAAACGCUUGUUCAUUCGAUAUGGUGUAAGGUCCUUGGCUGUAAUCGAAUCUCAAUGCUGACAAACUUUUUUAGUAUUGGCGGUCAUUCUCUUCUAUUCAUUCGAAUCUAUCAAUAUUAUCGAACGUUAUUUAAUUUUGAUAGUGAAACAAUAAAUAUUCAAUCAUUUCUUGAAUAUAAUACCAUAGUCGAACAUGCAAAACUACUAGAAAAUAUGAAGAUCAAUAAUAUACAAACAAAAGAAUGGCAUACACUACAUAUUUAUAAAUGUAUUGCAUCAUAUGCUCAACAACGCAUAUUUCUUUAUGAGAAAAUGCGCUUUUCUGGAAAAGUUGCUAUUUACAACGAGCUGCUUGUUCUACAAGUUACAAAAGGUUCAUUAUCAGCGAAUCGUUUAUUGCAAGCUCUUCGCUAUGGCCUAAGUAAACAUAAGAUUUUAAGAACUUCUCUAGUUUACAUUGAUAAGGAUAAUACUUUGAAACAAUCUAUUACCGAUAAACAUCUGACAUUUACAAUGGCUACCGAUCAAACAUUUAAAAGUGAAACUGAACUUCAAAACAUUAUUUCACAAACAAGUACUAAUUCUAAUCUAUUCGAUUUAUCAAGUGGUCGUGUUUUUUAUUGUCAAAUUCUCAGACAGCAGAUGAUAUCUAAUGAAAAUCAUGAUACAGAAAUGAUUACAAGUUCUGAUGUUCUUGUUAUCGGUUUUCAUCAUGCUGCAAUUGAUCAAUCAAGUGUCUCAAUUUUUUUAAAUGAUCUAUGUAAUACUUACAAUAGUAACAUGACGCGGUUAGAGGACGAAGAAUCAUUACAAUAUAUUGAUUAUAGUGUUCAUGAACGUCUCAUCGACAUGACACCGUCACGCGAGUUUUGGCGUUCACAACUAAAUGGAUACUAUCAAAAAUGGCGAUUCUCACUGCCAGUUGAUCGACAUUGCUUAUAUAGUGAUCAAAGAUCUGGAUAUGCUUCCAUUGCUCAUAUCUCAUUUGAUAAUGAGAUUACGGCAUCAUUUCUCGAUUAUGCAUCUUCACAUCAAGUCACACCAUUUCAACUAGGUUUAGCUACAUUCUAUGCAUUUCUUUUCAAGCUAACAUAUCCACAAAAUGAUUUAUGUAUUUGUUGUCACAAUGCAAAUCGAUACAGAACUGAAAUACAGAAUAU